CACAGCCAUCUUGGCUUUUUUUCUGAACAAAAAAAGGGGGUGAGACAGAAAAACACUGACGGGGAGAAGCAUAUUAGAAAUUGUAGAGACUUGGCGGAAAGACGGAUGUAGUGAUACAAUACGAUAUGAAAGGAAAGGGAGCAGGUGAGGUGGAAGAAGACCAGCCGCACCCCGUAUACAGCUAACGUUAGCUAGUAGUUAGCCAGCUAAGCUAACUGGCUAGUGGCUAACCAGUUCGGGACGGAUUAAGUAGCUAGUCAGUUAGACAGUUUAUGCUCAGCCCUACCGAUAGCCAGCCUAGGACAUUGAGAACAAAUCAAAUUCGUCGUCGGAUGUAUGUGAGAAGGAAAUCGAUGACAAUGAAUCGUACGUCGAUUUGAGACGCCCCGUUGAAGAGACCACCACUAACGUUACUAGUAUUGGAGAAUUAAUAUUUUUCGUAGCUAGAGCGGGAUCAUAACAAGCCGUGGCCCUGGCUAUGCCCUCGAGUGUGCGGGCGGGCAAUCUAAAGGACCCGGAUGUGGCUGAGCUCUUCUACAGAGAUGACCCCGAGAAGCUUUUCGCUGACCUCCGAGAGAUCGGCCAUGGCAGUUUCGGGGCCGUCUACUUCGCCCGAGAUGUGCGCAACAACGAGGUGGUGGCCAUCAAGAAGAUGUCCUACACCGGCAAGCAGUCCAACGAGAAAUGGCAGGAUAUCAUCAAGGAGGUGAAGUUCCUCCAGAAGCUCCGUCAUCCCAACACCAUCGAGUACAGAGGAUGCUACCUCAGAGAACACACAGCAUGGCUGGUGAUGGAGUACUGUUUAGGCUCAGCCUCCGAUCUUCUAGAAGUUCACAAGAAGCCACUACAGGAGGUGGAAAUAGCUGCUAUUACCCAUGGUGCACUACUGGGCUUGGCCUAUCUUCACUCCCACAACAUGAUCCAUAGGGAUGUGAAGGCGGGGAACAUCCUCCUGACAGAGCCUGGCCAGGUGAAGCUGGGAGACUUUGGCUCUGCCUCCAUUGUUGCCCCCGCCAACUCCUUUGUAGGAACCCCCUACUGGAUGGCUCCGGAGGUGAUCCUAGCGAUGGACGAGGGUCAGUACGACGGCAAGGUGGACGUCUGGUCUCUGGGCAUCACCUGUAUAGAGCUGGCGGAGAGGAAGCCUCCUCUGUUCAAUAUGAAUGCUAUGAGUGCCUUAUACCACAUCGCCCAGAAUGAGAGCCCAAUCCUAGCGUCCAAUCACUGGUCUGAUUAUUUCCGUAACUUUGUGGACUCCUGUCUACAGAAGAUUCCACAAGACAGGCCUAUCUCUGAUGUGUUGCUGAAUCACCGGUUUCUGUGUCGUGAGCGUCCCCUAACGGCGGUGAUGGACCUCAUAGCGAGGACCAAGGACGCAGUGCGGGAGCUGGACAACCUCCAGUACAGGAAGAUGAAGAAGAUCCUCUUCCACGAAGCCCACAACGGACCCACCCCAGAGGGAGGCGAGGAGGAGGAGGAGGUGGAGCAGUACCUGCUGCGUACGGGCACUGUGGGCAGCAUGGAGAGUUCCCAGUCUGUGCCCAGUAUGUCCAUCUCCGCCAGCUCCCAGAGCUCCUCGGUCAACAGCCUGGCGGACGGCUCCGACGACAGCAAUGAGAUGGCCAUGAUGACCGAGGGAGAGCACACAGUCACCUCCAACUCCUCCAUUAUACACCGCCCUACCGGUCAGGAUAAUAUCUAUGAUGACCCAUACCAGCCAGAGAUAGACCAGCAGCAGCCCUCGUCAGCCGCCCGCCGCAGGGCCUACUACCGCAACCGGGACCACUUCGCCACCAUCCGCACGGCCUCCCUGGUCACUCGUCAGAUCCAGGAGCACGAGCAGGGCUCAGCGCUGAGGGAGCAGAUGUCCGGCUAUAAGAGGAUGAGGAGGCAGCACCAGAAACAGUUGAUGGGCCUGGAGAACAAGCUGAAGGCUGAGAUGGAUGAGCACCAGCUGAGACUAGACAAAGAGUUGGAGAACCAGAGGAACAGCUUCGGAGGAGAGGGGGACAAACUGGGCAAGAAACACCAGGCCAUCCUGGAGAAGGAGACCAAGGCAGCCCUAGCUGAGGAGAAGAAGUUCCAGCAGCAUAUCCUGAGCCAGCAGAAGAAAGAGCUGACCAGUCUACUGGAGUCUCAGAAACGCCAGUACCGUCAGCGCAAGGACCAGCUCAAAGAGGAACUGAAUGAGAACCAGUCGACCCCUAAGAGGGAGAAGCAGGAAUGGCUGGUGCGUCAGAAGGAGUGUCUACAGCAGCUGCAGGCAGAGGAGGAGGCGGGGCUGCUGAGGAGACAGAGGCAGUACUACGAGCUGCAGUGUCGCCAGUACAAGAGGAAGAUGCUGCUGGCCCGACACAACCUGGAACAAGACCUACUCAGAGAGGACCUGAACAAGAAGCAGACCCAGAGGGACCUGGAGUGUGCCAUGCUGCUGAGGCACCACGAGUCCACCCAGGAGCUGGAGUUCCGUCAGCUGGGGGCGGUGCAGCGUACGCGGGCUGACCUGAUCCGCACGCAGCACCAGACGGAGCUCACCAACCAGAUGGAGUACAACAAGAGGAGGGAGCAGGAGCUCCGGCAGAAACACACCGUGGAGGUCCGCCAGCAGCCCAAGAGCCUCAAGUCCAAGGAGCUCCAGAUCAAGCGUCAGUUCCAGGACACUUGUAAGAUCCAGACACGUCAGUACAAGGCCCUGAGGAACCACCUGUUGGAGAGCACUCCCAAGGCCGACCACAAGGCGGUGCUCAAGAGGCUGAAGGAGGAGCAGACCAGGAAACUGGCCAUCCUGGCCGAGCAGUACGACCACUCCAUCAACGACAUGCUGUCCACACAGGCUGUGAGUAAGUUGCGAUUGGAUGAGACCCAGGAAGCGGAGUACCAGGUGCUGCGGAUGCAGCUGCAGCAGGAGUUGGAGCUGCUGAACGCUUACCAGAGCAAGAUCAAGAUCCACACAGACUCCCAGCAUGAGAGAGAGGCCAAUGACCUGGAGCAAAGGGUGUCCAUCCGCAGGGCCCUGCUGGAACAGCGGAUUGAGGAAGAGAUGCUGUCUCUGCAGAACGAGCGUUCAGAGCGUAUCCGUACUCUACUGGAGCGCCAGGCUCGGGAGAUCGAGGCUUUUGACUCGGAGAGCAUGCGUCUUGGCUUCAGCAACAUGGCGCUGACUGGCAUCCCCGCCGAGGCCUUCAACCAGGGCUACCCCAGCCCCUCCUCUGGCCCCGGGGGCUGGCCCUCCCGCCCUGUCCCUCGCUCCGGGAGCCACUGGAGCCAUGGUGUGCAGAACUCGGUGGUGCCCCCUUCGUGGCGUAGCCAGAACAGCUGCAGCGGUGGAGGAGGGUUCAGCCGUGCCGAGUCGAUCACUUCGUCUCACGGCCUGGGGAGGGAUAGUGAGAUGAACAUGAGUGGUAGAGGCCACUCCUCCAACUCCUCAUCUUCCUCCUCAUCCUCCCACCAUCAUCACCAUCACCAGCAGCAGCAACAACACUACCUCCCCCAGCACCACCACCACCAGAGCACGCCACACCUGUACCGAGAGAGCCGCGAGCGCGAGGACCGUGAGAGGGACAGGGAGAGAGAGUGGGGAGGUGGGGGGGGAGGAGGACACCACCACCACCACCACCACCAUGGAGGAGGAGUUCAUCACCACCACCUCUCCCAACACGCCUCAGCCCAGUCCCUCGCUCUCCUGCCACCUCCGCCUCCCCCACCACCCAUCUCCCUCUACUCUUCCUCCCCGCCCUCCUCCUCCUCCUCCUCGUCUUCCCAGGGAGGGGGAUACGGGGGUUUGGUGGCCAGGGGCCCCAGCCUGAUGGCCCUGAGGAACAGCCCCCAGCCCCUGAGGAGGACGGCCUCAGGGGGGCCCGGCGGGGCAGGGGGGGGCGAGGGGGGUCUGAGCCGGAGCACCUCGGUCACCUCGCACAUCUCCAAUGGAUCCCACCUCUCCUACUCUUAAAGGGGAAGGGCAACGAUAGGCUCCACCCCUCAGUCUUAAAGGGGCGCGGUAAGAGAACAAACCAAGCCUGCCCCUUCUCUGAGGCUGCGUCUGAAACGACACCCUAACCCUCGUAUUGGGAAUAGGGUGUAGUUUGAGAUAUGCCAUGCAGUGAGUAGUGUGUGUGUGUAGGCGGGCGGGGGGGUUGAAUGUCCCUGCUCUCUCUUCUGUAAGAGUGUUUGUUCAUGGAGGGGGUGGUGCUAACAGGUUUACCACCACAAAGGGUGGAGCCAAAGCAAGUCCACGGUUCCUAUUGUUCAAGGGGAUUGUUUUUAUUGGAAGAGGUCAUCUCUCACAAAUUCAGGGGAGGGAGGGGUUUAGAUGAGGGAGGGGGUGGGGCUAUUAACAAUAUGGUCCGACUGGCCUGGCCAUCAGUAGAGGUCAGUUGAGCAGACUAGCUGCUUAGAGUAGACAGACACCAUAGAGUAUUAUGUCUGCACAGACAGAUGGAAGGGAUACAAGUGGGAGGAAAGGGGAGUUUUAACAGCAAUUUCUCUGCUGACAUCAAACUGAGAGAAAUGAAUGGUUGUGGCGAUACUGCUCUAUUUGAAAGAGGGUGCUAUAAAAUACAAUGUAAACUAUGUAAAUAACGCAGAAACUAACACGUGAAGCAUACUAGUUAAUGAUAGGUCAUAUACUGUCCAUUUGUGGUGAAGCAAGGAGCUGAACCUCGGGAGGCAACUACAGAAAGUUUUUUUUUUUUGGUAAUAGGAUUUUCAAAUUGAUGACAAAUGUAACACUGCCAUCCGGUGGCUCGGCUGACCCAAGACAACUCUGCCACUGCCGAGCAAUAAUUUCCCUGUGAACAUUCUGAAAGUGGGUGUGUGGGUACAGCGCUGAAUGCUCGCUUAGUUUUUUCAUGCUUGACCCAUUCCUGGACACACAGCCUGGUAGGUGUGUGUAAUGUACAUGUGCAUAAAGCAGUUAUUACAGUUCAAUGCAUGAAAGUGAUGUACAGAAAGCAUUUGUAUUCAUACAUGUUUAUAGAAAUGCAUAUAAGUAUAUAAUACCUGUCAGAAGUUUGACAGUAAAAUUGGAGAUUGUUCACUGUUCAACAUCUUUGUCCUACAUUGUACUUAGUGUACAUAAAAGCACUAACUCUGAAACGCUGGUAGAGUAAUAAUAAUGAUACUUUUGCCAUGUGAAUAGAAAUUGGAAAAUAGUUUUGAGGGAAAAUAGAUAUGUUUGCUAUUAUUAUUGUUAUUAUUACUACUAGAGCAGUUGUAAUGUUUGUUGUACACACUAAUUUUGUUUAAAGAAAACAUUUUUUUAAAUGUUUUAAUUGCCAAUUUUGACCACUAGGUGGGGAGUAAGAGCAAUGUUACUGUUAUGGAGCGCUAUGGGGGGGGAAAUUCAUUGUUUUUAUUAUUUUUUAAAGAGAAGAAAAAACACUACCUUUGCCCAAGCAUUCCCUCUGGUCUCAGGGUCGGAGUCUACUGGGCAGUGCAUUACCACAAAAGGUUGUAGUGUUAUAGAACCAGUAUUAAAUGUGGACGGGGCCGUUCAUGUUUUUAGCUGUAUGUGUCAAUAUAAUGAAUUCUAGAUCUACCAUACAGUGUCUCCUAAAGUCAGCCUCUGUAAUCCAGCACGUUUUGUGCCAUAUUGUACCUCUCUUCUUGUGGUUCAUGUUGAUACGGACCAGCCAAGCUUGUUGAUUGUACACUACAUUACUUAUCCUAUACACUACUACACCCCACCAAAAAUACUCUGAAUUUGUUGGUUUAAUUUAUUUGGUCUUUAAAAAUAUAUAAACAGCCAAAAAAAAGGAAGUGCAUACAUUAUAAAUAACUUAGAAUAUGAAUAUUACAUUGUCGUUUCUUAACUUCCAGAAAGGAAGGCGGGAGUUAUUUCUGGAUAGAAUUGGAUUGAAGCUAAGUGUCGCCACUUAUGCUUUCACCUUACCACUCAUCAGUAGUCAAGUAAAAGAAAGGAAUGAGCCAUUUUUAAAGUAUUCUAACCGAGCCCAUGUGUAGAAGAAUCAUCUACCAUUGGCUCCUAAACUCACACUGCCAACUCUGAACAGCACCAACAUUACAACAAAAUGGUGGGGUGGGAAACAUUGGUUCUCCAGUGAUGCAUUUCGAUACUCUAACCUCUAAGUUACCUCGACACGUCUGGGGUCGUUUACUUCAGUUUACACGUUGUUCACGACGGAACAUGCUGGAUUCGUUUUCAGAGGCUGUGAUUUUUAGACUAGGGCAUGAAGACCGAGCUGAUGGGACAGAAUGUGAUGUCGCUGUCCAUAUGUAGUGCUGAUGUACGCUUAGGGGUGGGUCUCAAUAGUCAAAAGUAGUUCAUUUUCCUUGUUUCAUCCCCUUUACCGGGCAUAUAGGAAACACAGCACAGGUGAAAGGACUUUGGUGGAAAUUCACUUUAACCUGUCCUUUCACAUCGUUGCAAACGGAGAGAUGAGGGAGGGACUCAUAAGACUAUUGAGAUACAACUCAGUUGGUGGGGCGGGGAUGAGCGAGAAUCUGAUAGAAAGAGGAGUGGAUGUGUGUGGUGGGAUAUAGAACUGUUGUACAGGGAGGCCAAGUUACGUUCAGGUUCAAUACAAAGUGGAGCAGCGGUCUGCUACAGAAUUUGUUGUACAGAAACACAAGUCAUUUUGAAAAAUAAAAAAAGGAAAAGUGACUUCCUGAUGCUGUCUUCAUUUGUACCUACUUGGUUGGAUUGUGUGUCAGUUCAAAGGAAUGCCCACAAACUACAUUAGUUGGUGUAACUAACCAUGAAAGAUGUAAGGUAAAGAUGACAUUUUGUGCAUCCUUUUUAAAAGGAAAUUCACUUGGGGAAAACCACUCCAGGGCCCGUAGAGGAGCUGAUCUAGAAUCAAGUCCUCCCUGUCCAUGUAAUCUUAUUUGUUAUGAUCGAAGAGGUGUAACUGAUCCUAGAUCAGCACUCCUAUAAGAUAUUUGAGAGUUGAUAGUGGAGUUUGUUUGCAGGGAUUGAUGUUUGUACUCAUUUGUGUGCCUUUGCGUGCUAGGCUAAUUACACUGAACAAAAAUAC